AUGGCACUGCUGCCGGAGAUCUUGCCAGCUGAAGCAGCGAUGGACCAGGUCCCGAUUGGGAUGCCCAACUGCCCGACCAGCUGCGGCAACGUGAGUGUACCGUACCCGUUUGGCAUCAGCUCUAGGUGCUACCUUCCGGCGUUCAGCCUCACCUAUGAAACGAGCCACACGCCGCCGCGGCUCCUCCUCGGUGACGGCACCCUCCAGGUCACUGACAUCUUCGUCAACAAUUCUACCUUACGCACCCAUGGUCCAGAAAUAUCUGUGAGAGGGUCUAUCGCGACGGGUGAGAUAGCCAACGGCACGUGGGGCGGUCAAGGGUGGGGCCUCGCUGACGGCGGGCCCUACGUCCUGUCGGCGGGGCACAACGAGUUCAUCAUCACGGGCUGCCGCCUCUUUGCCGAGUUGCUAGUCGCUGGAAGUGACUGUUAG